AUUGAGUCGAGGGGAACCCACCCACGCGUCCAUCCCGUUCUCAAGGUCUUUUUGGACCUUCUCUUCGCCUUCCUUCGGCUCUCGCGAGCACUGAUGGUGGAUGAGUUGGCCGGAGGCAUCUGGCAGUGUAAAGAGCGCGCCCUGUUUGUCUGCUUUUCCUUUUUUUCUUUCCCUUUGUGUUUUUUACCCGCGCACAAUCUCCAAGCUUGGCCCUGUGGGCUGUGUUCUUUCCCUCAUACUUUCUUUUCCAACCCCGAAACCGGAAAAAAAAAUCCCAUGGUUUUCUCUCUACCUCUCUUGCCCAUGGAAGCGGUUGGAGUUCUUGAUGCAUUGAGGUAGGCAGGAUAUAAUCCCCUCCUCCUCUUCUUCUUCUUCUUCUUCUUCUUUAUACUUCGGAAAGGUUUGAUUGGACGAUGCUCUGAAAAAAAAAAUAUUUUUUGGUUUCUUGGCAUCUGUGGAAGAAGAGGGGAGAGAACGGGGAGUUUUUUUUUUUAUUUCUCUCUCUCUCUCUCUCUCUCUCUCUCUCUCUCUCUCUCUCUCUCCCUCUCCUGGAGUGAUUCGUGAAUUCUUGAUUGUGUGGCGGGAGGGGCCUCUUACGUUGUAAUCUUUCUUUCAAGAUCCUUUUCAUUGUUGUCCAAGAAGACUCGAGGGGAUCUGCUUUUGAGUUCUUGACUGGAUGUGGUGAGGGGGAAUCUUUUCGGUUGCAAAACUUUUGUUGGGACGAGGGCGAGCAAGACUGGUGUUUGUGGUAAUUCCCUUAGUUCUUGAUUGGAUGAGGCGAGUGGGGCUUCCUGUUUCUUCGUUCUGAAAAACCCUAUCUGAUCCCUUUGUUUUAGUGGAAGGUGCCUUCCGGGAGAUUGAAUUCUUGCCACCAGAAUGAGAGAUUUCCCUUCUUGCUUUGGGGAGAAUGGGGUUCAGGUCGCCGAUUCCUCAUCGUCGUCGAGCGCCGGCAAGACGGCGCAGAAUCUGGUGACCUGCGUCUACCAGACGCAGCUCUGCGGCCGGUCUUGCUUGAUCACGGUGACAUGGAGCAAGAACCUGAUGGGCCAGGGGCUUAGCAUUGGGAUAGAUGAUUCUGCCAACCAGAGUCUCUGCAAGGUGGAGAUAAAGCCGUGGCUGUUCUCAAAGAGGAAAGGCUCGAAGAGCUUGGAGGCGGAGAAUAGCAAGGUGGACAUCUUCUGGGACCUCUCUGCUGCCAAAUUUGGAUCUGGGCCCGAGCCACUGGAAGGUUUCUAUGUUGCAGUGGUCUUUGAUCUUGAGAUGGUGCUCCUGCUUGGAGAUUUGUCCAAGGAAGCCUACCGGAAGACUGGUGCGAGCCCACCGCCUUCGAGUGCAGUGUUCAUAGCCAAGAGGGAGCACAUAUAUGGCAAGAAGAUCUACUGUACAAAGGCUCAAUUUUGCGACAAUGGGCAAGUUCAUGAUAUUGCAAUUGAGUGCGAGAUGGUUGGGCUCAAAGAUCCAACCCUUGAGAUUCGCAUUGACAAGAAGAGGGUAAUGCAGGUGAAGAGACUCGUGUGGAAGUUCCGGGGAAAUCAGACGAUCCUGGUUGACGGGCUCCCCGUGGAGGUGUUUUGGGAUGUUCACAACUGGCUUUUUGGGGCACCUACAGGAAAUGCUGUCUUCAUGUUUCAGACUUGUGUCUCAGCUGAGAAAUUGUUGCCAUGGUCUUCCUCACAGAUUUUCAGGGAAUCUCAGUUGCAAGGGCUUGGUUUCUCUUUGAUAUUGUAUGCUUGGAAAAAUGAAUAGGUGUAGGCAGGAGGCAAUGACUACUCCUCCCUUCUCCCUUGAGUUCUAACAAAAUACUUUAGCAAGUGAUUUGUUUUUAACAAUGUGCGUAAGGUUCCCAUUUGUUUUUUUUUCUUUCUUUUUCCACCCCUUAUAAAUUUGAUCUGUUUGAAUAUAUUGGAAACAUUCUGAAACUUCUAAUCGGUUGCUCUCGAUGUUUUUUCUCGCUUCUUCAGUUUGCAUCUUAUGUUGGAGCAGUUUUUGAAUUAUAUCUGUGGGAAACAAAAGAUACAUUGUUAUGUAAACUCAUUCCAAAUAUUUUGGAAGUAAUACAGGUUAUAUGUUGAUAUUAAAACUAAGAUUCCUUUCAAUGAUAUCCUUAUUAUCACAUAUUUAUCUAAUGUCAAAUUUUUGUUGAUUUUUCCUUGGUAUUCAGUCUUGUUGAAUUAUCUAGCUUCUUGAAAUUAUUACAAAGAGUUAGCAGACUAUUCUGCAUUGUAAGAUACUCUGUUCUGAGCUUAGAAAAAUACUUGUCCCAACUGUAUAAACAAUGAAAAAGAAACAGGUGUGCGGCAGUAUACUUAUUGUAUCUGGAAUACAUGCAUUGAGUUCUCUUUACAUUCUUCUUGUGGGGACUAAGAUCGCAGAAAAUGGAGGUACUGAAGGAAAGCAUGGUGUAAGAUCAUCCAAUUUUCUGACCUUCUUAAACUGUGGAAAUUUCUGUUCGGUUCUUUUGCUACUCUGUUUGAUAUGCCUUGUCCAUUUCAGGAGACUAAAUUAUUAUUUUCACAUCCCCAAAGAACAUUUUAACUGGCAUAUGUUCUGCUUGAAUUGAUGGGAGGUCAACUAGUCUUUUCACAGGGAUCAAUUAAGUAUGUCCAUGGUAACCUGUCUGAAGCAUGCAGGAAGGCCAGAGAGACUGAUAUAUUUCACUGCUUGUGGACAUUCAGGUCCUGAACCUCCUAUUGAAUGCUACCACUUUACGAAGAGGGCUUGUAUCUUGGGAGAGGAUCGGCAGCAACUUACUGUGCCAGGUUACAAUCUUCUACCGUCAUGCCUUGAAUACCAGAGGAUAAUCGUGAUCCUUCUUAGAGAUUAUCCUAAACUGUAUGCAGAAAUCUCCAGUUCUAGCUUUCCCGCAUGCUUCAAUGUCAAAUUAUACGAGUUCAGAUUGAUUAUUAUUUUGUCAUAAGGGCCAACAUUUGUAUCAUUAUGAGUUUCCAGGAUUUUAAAACUCCAGUCCCACCAAGACCAUUGAAAUCUCAGAGACAGACAAGGAUGCAAACAGAAAAGACAAUCUAGCAAUAAUAUGUAAGAAUCGGAUGGCAAAUCAAGAUAUUCAAGUGAAAAAAGAUGCUUUUCUCGAGAUAGAGGGAUAUACAUCCUCUAUGAGGAUGUGAAGUCAUGCCCAUACGAAGAUGUGCACGUCCUCUGGUCGAUCCUCGUGGAGUCGCACCCUCCGCCAUUGAGGUUGAAGCAAUGAGGGUUCAUGUGCUCGUAGAAAAGUGGAAAAGCUAAAAAGGAAAGGGACAAUGAGUGAGGUUCUGAUGUACAUAGAUACUUAUACACGCAUAUAGGUUUUGUUCGAGUUGCAUGUUAUGUAGCUUCCCAUGUUCGAUGAGUAAGAUUAAUGAGCUGCUUCUCAUAUGGCCCUAGUUCUUUCUCAUCAUGUCUAUUUGCUUACCAAAAGAAAAUUAGAAGUAUGACUUCAAUGUGUUGGAUGAGUGAGGGUGAUAUUUUGUACAUACGUGCACAUCAUACAAGAAAAAAAAAGUGAAAAAAAGAAUAAAUAUGUCACAGGAUUUGGUAGAA